AUGAUCAUUGAUGGUAUGGUAUUUGGUUGUUAUUUGUUGGAGACAGUAUUACUUUCAUCAUUAUCUUGUUUUUAUUCUGAAACUUGCAUUAGUAAUUUUCGAUAUAUACUAGGUGCAAUUCCGUUUCCUGUCCAAGCCUUGAACGAUUCAUUGACACGAUUCAGUGUCAAUGAUACAAUCGAGACAAUGGCAUAUCAAAUGUUUAUCGAAUCAUGGGCAAGCAAUGUUUCGUAUGAAAAAUUUUACAAUAGUUGUUCUCCAAAUUAUUGUAUGUAUACAUAUUAUUAUCGAUUCGAUAUGCUUCAAUUGUUAACAACAUUUUUGAGUGUAUUUGCUGGUUUGUCUCUUGGAAUUCGAUUCGUUGUUCCUUAUAUUGUAAAAAUAUUUCAAAAAAUUCAACAUCGCUUUCGUAUUGUACCAAUGCAAUAA